UCUCAAUCGGAAUUAGGCUAACUGAUAAGAACAAGUUUAGUUUGUAUUACAACCCUUUGUGCUAUUAUUGGGACGAUCGCGUUGAAAAAGCGCUCUCUUGGACGACUGAUGGAGUUACGACAACAUUUACAGACGACGGUACUUUGGAAUGUAACACGACUCAUCUUACUGCUUUCUCUGCACUAAUGAGCACGGGACCACCUACCCCACACGACAGUAUACUAUCCUACCUAACCUACGUGUGCGGGGGAAUGUCGUGUCUUGCUUUAGUGCUCACUCUCAUAGCCCUCACGUGGUUCAAGGACAUCAGACGGUCUCCUUCUAACAAGAUUCACAUCUGCCUGGCUACAACCAUGUUAAUUGCCAUGCUCCUCUUCCUGGGAGGAGCAAAAUAUUAUGAUGGCAUGAACGAGCACCUCUGUAAAGCUAUAGCUAUAGCUCUACAUUACUUGUGGUUAACUGUGUUUAUGUGUACUGUGGUGGAAUCUUACAAUCUCUGGUUGCUCUUCAUCAGGAUCCUUCAAGCUAGGAGCUCCAGAUUUAUAAUGAAAUCAGCGAUAAUGGUAUUUGUUAUACCGGGACUGAUUGUUGGUUUAACAGCCGGAAUAUCUUAUGACAGUUAUAAUGACACGUCAGUUUGUCUGUUUCGGAUUUCCAACGAGAGCACCAUACAAGACUACGUUCUCUAUGCUCCAAUCGGUCUAUCGAGUAUUUUUAACUGGGGUAUCUUCAUCCUCGUUAUGGUCAAAAUCUUCAAGAAAGGAAGAUACCAGCAUUUCGAGAGUAAAGUACAGAAAAUAAUCUCAAAGUUGAAGGCUGUUUCUACUUUGUCGUGUGUUUUGGGUCUCGCCUGGGUGCUGGGGUUUCUAAUGUUCAACCAUCCCGCUAAUAUUGCAUUCCACUAUCUGUUUACUGUCUGCAAUACUCUGCAAGGAGUCCUGAUUUUCAUCUUUCACUGUGCAAUCAAACCGGACAUUUACCAGAAGUGGUCGUAUUUCUUUCGUAACAUUGGGAAGAAAUCUAAAAAUAAACCCAGUAGCAGGUACAAGAAUGUGACAACACCGACCGCCUUAAAUGUCACAAAUAAUGCUAUAUCCAAUACUGCAACAAAAAGCAGACUCAUGGACUUAUUUACCGGGAUGUUCCAAAAACGGAGCUCUACAGUUACCCUCUCCACCACCGUCAAUGAGUUGAGUCUGACAAGGCAGCUUACUCGCCAGAGGACUGACAGCAAUGAUUCCCUAACUGCCGGUAUGCAAACAGCGGUGGAUCUGAUGAAGAAAGCAUCGCUGGAGGCACUUGAAGAAAAGGAUAGUUCCGUUGCUAGUCCUUCGCCUGUUAAAGUAGUGCGAAAAAAUAUGUUAAGCUCCCACUUUCCACUUGGAGACCAGUCAGGGCACGAUUUAACUCCUCCGGGCGACCCAGUUCCCAGCAAUUUAGAGUUCCUUGAAGCUCAAGAAUCUAACACUAAUGUCUAACAGUCAAGAAAUCAACUAUACCGAGAAGUUCAAUGCUCAGACAAAGAUAAAAGAUACUGUGGCAGCUCAAGAAACUAACACUAACAAUCCCAAUAGAUCGACUUUACCAAAAAGUUUUGUCAAUGCUCAGACAGAGAUAAAAGAUGCAGUGGCAUUCAAGUUCGUAUGUCUCCGGAAAAAUGUCCGCUUCUCCUCUAGAUCAGAGGUUGAGGAAAGAUAUAACACCCACGCCCCCACCACAGAGUGAAGUUGUAAAAUUCAAGAGAAAACAAACUCUAAAACAAACUCCCAAAGCGGAAAUUUAUCAAUUGUCAACACUAAAAAAUGGUGCUAAGUUCAAGGCAAGGUUGACUCCUAAAACUUCACUGGAAAUAAAGCCCCAAACUCCGAUUACCACUAAACUUUCUCAGUUAGAAGAAUGGAUUCUUUGAGAGCACUAAGAUCCAGGACAGAAUAACUAAACGCCUUAUUUAUCAUUUCAUACGAUAAUUUUCUAUUAAAAAAAUAUAUUUAAAUAUAUCUGGUAUAUAUACAUAUCACCGGAGACUCGAGGGCGGAACAAAAUAUUGCACGCGCGUGCGCGUGCAAUAUUUCAUAUGUCCCCGAGGGCGCUAGCCCGAGGAGGACAUAUUUUCGUAUAGCACGGAGGGCCCAUCGGGCCCGAGUGCUAUACGAUUUUUCCGCCCGCGGGUCGAGGUUGAUAUGGAAU